AUGUCUCUCAUUCCACUGCGAGAUGAUCUUGUUCCCUUUUUAAAACCUUACCUGCCUGCAAACAAAGUUCAAGGACCGGACUCGAAGCCAUUUGUCACUCUUACUUAUGCGCAAUCUCUGGACUCCCGCAUCUCGAAGGGAAAGGGUCUAAGAACAGUCAUUUCGCACUUGGAGACUAAGACUAUGACACAUUUUCUGCGUUAUCAUCACGACGGAAUCCUUAUUGGCGUGGGCACGGCGUUGGCCGAUGAUCCUGGAUUGAAUUGUAAAUGGUGUCCGACAGGUGAGACGGCAGAUUGGCAGUGCUCACCACGACCAAUCAUUCUGGAUCCGCAUUGCAAAUGGCAGUACAGGGGCUCAAAAAUGCACGAAUUGUGCACUCAAAAGCAGGGGAAACCGCCAGUAAUUGUUGUAAAGAAAAGACCUGCGCAGAUCGCUGUAAUCCGUGAUGUGACAUACUUGGAGGCACCGCUCAAUGUAGACGGCAAUAUAGACUGGCUACCUCUACUAGAAUUACUACAGAGCGAAUUUCAGCUCGACUCGAUAAUGGUGGAGGGCGGAGCUGUUGUGAUAAACGAACUUCUCUCGAGACCAGACGUCGUGGACAGCCUAAUUGUCACCAUAGGAGCCAAAUAUCUCGGGAAACAAGGAGUAGAGGUGAGUCCUCCUGCCGGAGAAGUCGAGCUGGAUGGAAUCUCCUGGUGGAAAGGUUUACAAGACGCUGUUAUGGCUGCUACGCCGAGAACGUGA